CCCAGAUGGAGCUUUUCUCUAUCCAUAGUAAAGAAGCAAUAGCGUCAAGAACAAUAAGGGAUGAACCUCCAACUCACUUCGAACUUAGGAUUAAGUCAUUUUCCUUGCUCUCAAAUUCUUCACUUGAAAGAUACUACUCUGGCGAUUUUGAAGCUGGUGGAUACAAAUGGAAACUCUGUCUGUACCCGAAAGGAGACAAGGAAGAAAAUGUGGAAGGGCACAUCUCUCUCUACUUGGAAAUGUCAGAGACAGACUCCCUAUCCCCAGGUUGGGAGGUCCAUGCCUUGCUCAGGUUCUUGGUCCUUGACCAACGUAGGGACAAAUACUUGACACUCCAAGAUGCCAAAGGAAGAGUAAAAAGAUUCCGUGCAUCAAAAACUCAAUGUGGGUUCAACAGAUUAAUUACCCUGAAUCAAUUCAAUGACCCUACUAAUGGAUACUUGGUCAACGACAAUUGUGUUUUUGGAGCUGAAGUAUUUGUCCACAAAGAGAGUGUUGCGGGCCAAGGGGAGCGUCUGUUGAUGACAGCCGGACCUGUCAGUUGCAACCACACCUGGAAGAUACAGAAAUUCUCUGAAUUGGUUAACGAAUGCCAUUCCUCUCAAGUGUUUACUGCUGGUUCUCAUAAUUGGAAAGUAAAUCUCUGGCCCAAAGGUAAUGCUGAAGGGAAAGGCAAAAGCCUUUCUUUGUUCCUGGAGUUGAAUGACUCCACAACAACCCUUCUUCCUGGCCAAGGAGUGUAUGUGGAGUAUCAAUUGCGACUAAUGGACCAGCUCAAUGGCAAGCACAUGGAAUAUAAACUGCAGCACUGGUUUAAUGAAUCAAGUAAGAAUUGGGGUAUGAUAAGAUUUCUUUGUCUCAAUAGUCUCAGAGACCCAUCAAAGGGCUACUUGGUGAAAGAUGUCUGCAUCAUUGAAGCACACCUUCUACUCGUUGGAGCAAUUGAGAAAUUGGGCAAGAAAGCAGAAUGAGAGGAAAAGCUUUUGAUGGGCUCAGUCAGUAUCUUUCUAUGGCUUACGUUAUUCAGCUAGAUCUGGCAGAUGAGAUUACCGCAGCAUUGAUGAAUUAUCUGCUUAUAAACAUGAAAUAUUGACUGUACUUCUUGUGGAUAUAUUAUGUUACUGAAUUUGUUGCUUAUGAUGCUCAGAAAAUACUUUUGUUGCUGUUUA